AAUCAGUGGCGUUUUGUUUAAAAGAAAACUCUUGUGAGCAGUUGCUUUACUCUCUUAUUGUAGCAUUGAUCAUUGAGACGCCAUCACCUGUUUGUGGCAUUGCACCAACGAAGACAUGCUGAACAGUACAGGAGCAUCGCUUUGGCACCAUGUUGCUAUGAAUGUCACAAAGGUGCACAUUACCCCUACCCUUCGUAGAGGCACUGCCAACCACUUGACCACAAGCUCCGCAUUUGGGAUCAACAUUCAUUCCUCCAUUCAGUCCCACUUUCAAGCCAGGAGUUUAUCCGUCCGUGCAUUGAGAUCUGCCAAGAAUAAAAAUGUAUUGACCAGAGCAAGUAAAGCACUUCUUGCGCAUCAACACCAACGGAGCCAACCUUUUGCGCCUAUAGAUGCCUCAGAAUUCAAUCAAAUGUACUCAUCUGGCCCGAAUCUUCAGGAUAUUAAUGGGAUAAAAACAAAGACUGCGCCAACAAUAGCACCUAUUGCUUGGUUGGAUCGCAUGCCAAAAUCUAUUCAACCAUAUCUAUUCUUGACACGGAUUGAUAAGCCCAUUGGCACCUGGUUACUUUUUUGGCCUUGCGGUAAAUACCCCCUCUCUUCUAUCGAGUGAAAUUGUAGGUCAUUCUCGAGUUGACUUUAACGAAGCAUACUCUGGAUUCAUUGCUUGACCUAUAGCAUGGAGCAUCACUAUGGCUUCCUAUGGUGCUAAUCUACCCUGGACAUCGACAUUGUACAUGAUCGGACUCUUUGGAACGGGUGCUAUCAUCAUGCGCGGAGCUGGUUGCACCAUUAACGAUCUUUGGGACCGUAACAUUGACAAGAAAGUCGAACGAACAAGAGUCCGUCCAUUGGCUUCUGGUGCGGUGACACCUAAGCAAGCAAUAGCAUUCUUGGGUCUGCAACUUGGUGUGGGACUUGCCGUGUUGACCCAGCUCAAUAUGUACAGG